AUGGAUCUCAACGACCGCCAGGAUGAAACUGCUAACUCCACGGUCACAGACCUCAACAGUCCUCCGCUCGAAAACUUCAACGGCCAUCACCAGGAACCUGAAAACACACUUGUCCGGUCCAUUCAACCGGUCAAAGAUGUUUCCGGCGCGGCUUCGUUUUAUAAGCAGAAAUGGAAUCGCCUCCGUGAACACUAUCUGGACCAGUAUCUCGAAAUUUUCAAGGAGACAUUUGAAUCGGCAGAUGAAGACUAUCUCGGUGGGGACCUACCCCCAACGCAGCUAGGGGCAGCUCUUUGGCGAUCUGACGAGAAAGCAAGGCUGUAUGACGCCCUAUGCCGCAAAGGCCGACAUGAACUCAAGACUCUUUCAAGUUUGGUUGGUACAAAGUCAGAAGUCGAGAUCAACGCGUACUUGGACCACCUGCGAGAGCACGAGGCCGACCGUCAACGCUUCGAAGCACAGCCAAAGAACAUCUCCCACGCCGAAAUUCCUGCUGCUAUUGAGAUCGGCCGUGAGUGCGAAGCUGUCCUUGACAGGGCUGCAGCUGCCUUGUUAGCCUUUCAAGAACAAUUCGACGCGACUGUCGGUCAAAAAGACGGCAAGUUAUGGCUGAUCGAUCACGAGGCAGCAGCUGAGUUGGAUCGAAGAGGAGAUGAAUUGGAAGCUUCCGGAAACAUUCAUCAACAAGAGUCUGACGACUCAUUCACCCCGUUUUCUGAAAGAGCAGCCCGGGCUUUCCACCUAUCGACGUUUCUCAUGCUGAGCGAGCGCUUUUUUAUGAAUAGAGAUGCCGACAACCCUGAGUCAUGGUCAAACAUAGCAGAGGAGGGUCAACGUCCGGCUCUGACCUUGGACUGUGUAACCCUUUUCUACGACCUGGUCAUCAACUUCGCACGUCGACUGAUACAAUCAUCCCUUUUCAUUGCCACGUCCCGCGUCCGUGCGGCCGCGUCCAAAGACUACCAACCCGGCCGACUUGUCAAAUCUCAAGACGUACUUGCGGCUUUGGAUGUGUUAGGCGUGGAAAAAGACUCUGAGUCAUACUGGAUUGGGCUGGCAAGGAGAAACGAGCUAAGCGUCGUGGACGACCCGCACAGGAGGGGCGUCGAUGGUAAGGCGGUCAUGCCAUACGAAAAAGUGGAGGAAAUAUUGUCAAGUCACCGCAGAACCAGGUCGGGUCCGCGCACGUCCACAACAUCAACGAGGAGCCAGUCACCCUUGGAGCGAUUCUCCAGCGGGGAAGAUCUCACAGAAGACAAUAUUGACACCCUUGUUUCUGAUGCGCACGAGCAAUCUUCCGCAGACACUACUUACUCCGAUGCAGAAAGUGAAGGGCAAACCGCAAAUAGUCCUAGCAAGGAAGAGAAUGGUUCCUCGUCUGAGGAGCGCUUGAGCUUGCGGAUGUCAAGGGAGAAGCGAAUACAAAUUCUCCAAGAAAACGAAGACCGCUACCUGGGGAGAAUGGAUCGAGAAGCUCGGAGACGGGAAGAAUCACGCCUAUCGUCCCUGCUCGGUGUUCACGAUGAACAAGAGACCAAUGAACAAAAAAUGGAAGAUCUCGGGGUGCGACCGCGGGUGCUGAGAAAGUCUGUAGAAGAUUGUACGAAAUGGUCUGUCCGAUACGAGGCUGAGUGGGAACGAAACGGGAGAAUGCUGGAAUCGUUGGUUGAGCCCACAUCAAAGAAGAGGAGAAUAGAUCUUGGAGAUGGGAGUGGUUGA